GUGACAACAAAACUGCACACUUAAAUUUGCAACUUUGCAUAAGACGUGUGACUGGUUUGUGAAAGAGGAAACUAGAGGCGGAAAGGGUUCUCAGUUGUGGGACUGAGCCACCAGGGGGCAAUGUCUGCAAACAGCAACAGUGCCAGUGGCAACAGCUGGACUCUUCUUACCCCUGAGCAGACAGGAGUUGAGAAUGUGGGUCCAGCAGCUGAAGGUAAUAAGACCGAGGGGGAUUCAGACGAUUUAUCAGCGCAUAAAGCCUCAACAGAGGUCCAUACUGACCUGGUGAAGAAUUCAACUGAAGCAUCAGCACCAGGGCAGUGUGAAUCGGAUCCCGGCCAGGAAUCAGAGGACACAAAGGAAAUUCAUUCCACAGAGCCACCUCAGGUAAAGCAUCCAGAGACUAGUGAGAGUCGAGCCCUACUAAAUACAUUAGAAGUUAAGGAAGACAGCACCUCACUUGAAGACCUCAGCUCCUGGACCCCUGACCAUGAUGAACAAGAUGCCCUUACAGGUCAUUCAGAGAGCCUAGACGGUCCCGGCACUGAUGCUGAAUCAUUCUCUAAUUCGUACACACACAUGAGCUCUACCUCUGGAUCAAGCACACAUCCUGCUUCAGUUUGUCAGGGAGGAGAGGUAUCUCAUCUGAAGAAGACCAGAACAGAAGAUUUCAAGCCGGGUGUAGAACUGCCAGGAAAAAAAGAAAAGGAAGGAGAUGGUUUACGUAAAAGAAAGAUUACCCACCUGGGCUCUUUGGACCAGGGCAGGACUGAGUUGGAGGAUGAUGAGGAAGCAGAGGAGGAGGAAUUUCAACUGCCUCAAGGAGAGGAUGAAAAGGUCUUUUCUUUGAACAAGUGUAUCCUGGCGGCGCUCAUUCUGUUAGGUCUAGGAACCAUUUUCUUCUCUGAAGGCGACAUUGAUGUUAGAGAGUUGAAAGAUAAAGCAAAUAAGGAGUGGCUGAAUUCUGAAGUAUCCAGAGACACACCUGUGGGUCCCAAUCCUCCAGACAUUUUAAGCAAACAGGCAAAGGAUACAGAUGAGCAAAUGUUUACACUGCAAGCACAGCUUCAGCAACAUCAAGGGGAAUUGAAAGGAGUACACCAUCUGGUAGAGGAGGGAGAGAUAGAACGUGCAAAGAGAGAAGAGCUGGAGAAAGACUACCAGAGGAUACAAGAAGAGCUUGAUAGACUGCCUGCUCUUCAGAAGGAGCUGGAGCAAGAGAACGAGAGAAUGAAAGAAGAAAAUGAGAGAGCAAAAAAAGAGCUGGAGGCUCUACCAUCACUGCACAGAGAACUAGAGGAUCUGAGAGCUCAAGUUUCACAGCUCACACAGAGCACAGAACAUGCACAUCCUCUUACUGCCUCUGGGAUGCCCUCUAGUGGAAACAUCAGGAACGUACUGCCCAUCGAACCACAAGAUAUAAAGCACACGAAGCACUGGGACAAAAGCAAGGAGAGAGAGCCAAGCAGGGAGGAAAAAGAAGAAAAAAAGAAGAAAAGUGGGAAGAAAGACGGCAAGGAAAGGAGAGAGAAGGUGACUGAGGAAGAACGUGUUAAAGAACAGAAAGAUUGGAAAAAAGAUAAAAGCAAGGCGGAGGAAGGAAAAGCAGGGAAAAGCAAAGACUUUAGAGAUGAGAAAGAGAGGAAAAGUGAUAAAAAACGAGGGGAGGGUAAAAUAGAAAGAGGAAACGAGGCAAAGAAAGCUUUUAAGGAUUGGGAUGAGAAGAAAGAAUGGAAAGAAGAGAAAACAUUGAAGAAAGACAAGCACGAGGGACAGGACAAACAUAGGAGAGACCAAAAAGACUGGAAGGAUACAGGAAAAAAGAAAGUGAAAGAGGACAAAGAGAAGGAAUGGAAACCGAGAGGAGACAGGAAAGAUUGGAAAGAGGAAAAGGAAUGGAAUACUGAUAAACAGAGUGACCAGAAAGAGAAAAAGAAAGAGGGUAAGGAGAAAGAUGAAUGGAAAGGAGAAAAGGAGUGGAAGAAAGGAAAAAGCCAGGACAAGUUCAAUGAUAAAACAGAGAAAAAAUGGAAAGGAGGAGAAAAAGAAUUUCACAAAAGGUUUGCUGAAAAGGAAAUGGAGAAAAUUCAUUUUAGAGGGAAAGAGAGGGAGAGGUCUACAGAUGAAGAUUGGAAAAGAGAUAAGUUAAAGGACGAUAAACAGAGAAAGGCAUACCAGGGUAAACAUGAUGAGAAAAAAAGUCAGAAUGAGGAGAAACGAUACAAAGAUGAGAAGGAACGGAGCAACAACGAGAGACACAGGCGUGAACAUUCAGACCAAACGUCUUCCCAUCGCUCUAAAGACCACCAGAAGCAACACCACCAGAUAAAUCCUGAGAGCUACUGGCCCAGACAGAGACAGAAGAUACAACACAACCACAGACACAAGGAGACGUGCAGCGGUGUAACAGAAUGUGCUGGUGUCGAGGGGCUUUCUCCUGUCAGCCUGCAGGACUUUGAGAUCCUGCUCCAGAGCUACCUGAAGAAGAUCCAGUUUCCUGAAGAACGAACAUCUGAGAAGGAAGAGUUUAGUAAGCUGGUGAGAGAGUUCUUCACAGACGGGUUGUUUGUGCAUGAACGGAUGCCGUUCAGCGAGUUUGUGGAAGAUGUGGCGGACAUUUUGGAGGAUAUGGCAGAUGGAGAAGAGAGCGAUUCGGAGGAGAGCGAGGAAGAGGAUGACGAUGAUGACGAGGAGAUGGAGGCUUUGGAAAGGGAGGCGAUGGAGAUGUUUGCUCUUCCAGUGGAGAGCAGAAAAUCUAGAGGUUGAAAGAAGUUUAGAAACCCCAGGAGAUUGUGGAACAUGAGGAAACUAUCAAGAUUAUUUGUUUAUAUGUCAAAUGCUACUGGAAAACCACCGCUUGCAGUCCCUAUAAUAUAAAAGCUGUUUUGCUCACUGUUUUCUGUUUGGCGUUUUUGGGGAAUGUUACACAACCUGUCCAUUACAUAAAGUUUUUCAUUACAUUACUUUUUCUGGGUAUACUUAUCAGAAGAAUGUAUUGUUUUUCUUUGAGUUUGAGAGUUACAAACUAGUACAGUCAAGUCCAAUUUUUAUUUCUAGCUUUACAGUAGUUCAUACCUGUUAAUUUGGAAGAUUAACUUCGCUAAUACAUUGCGUACAAAUACUGAAUAGAAUAUGUUUGACUUUAUUUAAUGUUCUUUAGUUUUGUUAUGCUCAUCAUAUGUUAAUUCUUAAAUUACUGUGUUAUAUUUAGGGUUGUGACUUUUGACCCAGUGUUCGAUUUUUUUUUUGUUACUAUUUAAACCAUUUUAUGGAGGAUAUUUUUAGUAAAUAAUGUCUUUGUCAUCCUGCACUUUUAACUGGUGAGAAAUGUUGCUUAAACAAACAACAAAAUUGAAAUAAGUCCUUCAAAUGAAAAUGUUCAGAUUUCCUUUGUUUAAUUUAGAAAGGGAGUGAAGGUUUGGCUUUAUAAGUGUCAUUAAAAGUCCCUUUAGCACUUGUCAGUGUGUAAGCUGUCAGGCAAAACCUCUUGUCCCUCUGCAUUCCUGCUUUUACAAAUGCACCGCUGUAAGUAAUUUGGUGUUAAAAUCGAUUUAUAAGUACUUGAGGCAAGAGGUUUGUCACACACAACUAAAUUCUGAUGUUAUUGUAAUCUAAUUGUUAUUUUUCAAUGCGACCCUGACAAAUAUUGUUCGUUUUUUAUUGGUUAGCUGUUUACUGUAGCUAACAAUUGUUUGUUGUCAUAGUUCAAAUGUAUUUGCUGAGAAACCUUCACAGAAUAAACACAAUGGAUACAGUUA